GCGGGGAGGGCCUUGUUCGUGCGCCAGUACCCCUCCGACCAGCGAUGCUGUGCUGUCUCCGGAAAUAGAAUCGGCCGAUCGGGUGCGCGAGUGUGAGUGCAAAUGACUGGUAGCCCGACUUAACGGGCCGAACUUUAACAAAAUGUGGACCAAGAAAUUAACGUUAUGGAGGUUUAUGUUUUGCAUACUGUUCGCCGUGUCGGCGGUGGCGAUCUCGGCGAGAGCUGACGACGACGUUCCUUCAGAAUCUCAAUGCCGUCCAUACAUCGAGAAAGCUCUGAAAGAGCUCGAAACAGGAGAUGCGGAACACGAUUCCGCAGAAAGAAACGACAGUAGUGAAGUAAGCGUAGAUGACGAUACGAAAGAAGCAACUUCAGCGGAGGACGGCGGAGAUACAGCAGAUGUAGACAAUAGUAAUGAGGACGAUACACCUUCAGUAGAAGUAGCUGACGAGCCAUACGUAUCUCAAGCAUCCGUAGAAGACGUGGAAAGUGGCGCUGACGACAACGACUCGAAAGAUGACGCAACAAUAGAAGAAACCGACGGUGAGAGUGCAGAGCAGCAGGCCGAUGACAGUAAAGAGGAUGAUGACGACCAGGCCGACGGAAAAAGCGUAGACUAUGAGGAUACCACCAAAGAAGAAGGAGACAGCAAAGAGGAAGCAUCUGCUGAUGAACAAACAGCUGAACAAGAGAGUGGCGAUGAAACGGAAAAAGCUGAAGCUGACACUACCACCCAGGAAAGCGCUGAUGAAUCGAAGGAAGAUGACGAGGAUGACAGCAAACAAGACGAACAGUCAGAAGACGAAGCAGGUGACGAUGCGAGCAAAGAGUCUGAAGAUGGAAGUGACGGCGAUGCCCAGUCUGCCGAAGAUGAUGACAAAUCACAAGAAGAAUCUGCUAAAACAGCUGAAGAGGAUAGCAAAGAAGAUGAUGCGGAGAACGACGAUGGAUCUCAAGAAAAGGCUGAAUCUCAAGAGGAGGGCGAACAGGCUGUUAAUGAGGAUGAUGGAGAAACUGAUGAGGUAAAGGACGAGUCUAAGGAAGAGGAAAAAGAAGACACAGAAGAAACAGCUAAAGCUGCAUCUGCUGAAAUAAAAGACGACACAGAAGAGGCUGGAGGCGAAUCUGCUGAAGAGGGAGCUGACGAUGGGGCAGAGAAGGAGUCGGAAGAAGCCACAAAGGAAGAAGCUGACGAGAGUAAAGAGGAAUCUGAAAACGCUGAUGAAGAAGGAGCAAAAUCUGAAGGAGGCGAUUCUGAAGGAGAUGAAACUGAAGAAGGAGGCGAAACUGAAGAAGAUGAAGGAACACCCGAGGAAGACUUGUUAUUUAUCGGUGAAAUUCCUGAAAACCUAAGAUCUCGUGACCACAUCAACCAAAUCUUGAGACUAGAUGAAGAAGCUAGCGAAGCAGAGAUUACUAUAGAGAGAUCAGCAGAUAUUGUAUUGAGAGACUUGAAAAGACUCUAUGAAAAUUCUAUUAAACCUUUGGAAGUUCUUUACAAAUACAGAGACUUGAGUAACAGGCACUUCGGUGAUCCAGAAAUAUUCUCCAAGCCGUUAGUACUUUUUAUGGGACCGUGGAGCGGUGGAAAGUCCAGUAUAGUGAACUAUUUAACAGGGCUUGAGUUUACAAAAUGGGCUCUGAGAACUGGCGCCGAGCCAUCCCCUGCGUAUUUCAAUAUCUUGAUGCACGGAAAAGACCCCGAGGUUUUAGAUGGAACACAAAUGGCUGCGGAUUGGACGUUCUCAGGACUACAAAAGUUCGGGCAGGGGUUAGAGGAGCGUCUUAGGGGCCUAAAGUAUCCCAGCAAACUAUUAGAAAAGGUGAACAUUGUAGAAAUCCCUGGAAUACUGGAAGUGAGAAAGCAAGUGUCACGUGUAUUUCCCUUUAACGACGCAUGCCAGUGGUUCAUCGAUCGUGCCGAUAUCAUCUUCCUCGUGUACGACCCGUCAAAACUCGACGUUGGCCCCGAGACGGAAGCAAUCCUCGACCAACUCAAAGGCAGGGAAUCUCAGACACGCAUUGUGUUAAACAAGGCAGACACAGUGAAGCCGGAGGAGCUGAUGCGUGUGCAAAGCGCGCUGAUCUGGAACAUCUCGCCGCUGAUGAGCUCGGCGCAGCCGCCGGUGAUGUACACGGUGUCGCUGUGGUCGAUGCCGUACGAGCCUGGUGCGCCGGUACGCCUACUGCAGGCUCAGGAGCGUGAACUGCUGCGCGACCUGCGACAGGCCAUAGACAAGCGCAUCGAGAAUAAGAUUGCGAGCGCAAGAAGAUUCGCGGUUCGAGUGAGAAAUCACGCAAAGAUGGUUGAUUGUUAUCUUACCACAUACUACAACCACAAAACCAUAUUUGGCAACAAGAAGAUUAUCGCCGAUGCUAUCAUCGAAAAUCCUCAGAAUUACCAUAUCUACGAGGGGCUCAGCACACUUACCAACAUCUCCAGGUACGAUCUGCCCGAUCCCGAGACGUACCGAGAUUUCUUCAGAUUAAACUCUUUGUACGAGUUCCAACAAUUGUCUGCCACGUGUACCUAUUUCCGCGGAUGUCCCAUCACGCGACUCGACGUGGCAAUCGCUUACGAUCUACCUGAGCUCGUCGGAAAGUACAAGAAGAUGGUGGAGACCGCCACGCCCCAGGGCAUGCCCAAAAGUUGAUGCCCCUCCGAUCGAACGAACCCCGCGCCGUACUUAACACCCGCUUUUUUAUUUUAGCCAAUUGGAUUGGACACUAUUAUGUUGGGCACAUUUUGCAUUUCUUUAUAAUCGGGCGU